AAUCCCUCAACAGACACUGGUAGGCGCUGUUUUACACUCCCCAAUCCACACAAACUAUGAAGUGGACGUUUUCCUUCUUUCCAAAUUCAGUAAUCUGACACCGAGAGCCUCACAGGAGAAGGAUGAACCCUUAACUCUGCUGGAAGGACGGAAGGAAGGAACACUCAUCAAACGAGAGGCAAAGAAGCAAGGACAGAGCUGGAGCAAAACGCUGACUCCCAUAAAAACAAGAACCCCGUGGCAGCAGCAGGAGUAGCAGCAGCGGAGGAAAUCCAGACUUUCUUUAAGUCUCCAAAAUUUACCUGUAUCACCCCUCCAUCAAAUGAUCCUAAAGCGGCAACUUUCACUUCCAAGAGGCGGAUGGGUGACUUUCCACGUUGCUUUGUGAGGAGGAGAUGAUGAAGAAUUUCGGCAGCAGUCCCCCUCACAACAGCAACAACCACCAGACUCCCAACCACAUCAGAGAGCGACACCACCGAAAGCACGGCUUGCUCUGCGCGUUACCGUGGCGCUUCUCCUUGCGAGGUUAUGGUUUCUGCAUGGCUGCGCUCUUCCUCUUCUGCUUCGGCUCGCUUUGUUACCAGCUGAACGGCGGGGCUCCAAGAAUCCUGCUGGACAUCAGGCAGUAUCUCGGGGUCAGUUGGAAAAGUCACUGGUCAAUCAAAAGGGCCACUGGCAGACUCUUUUUCCAUAAGGACAGGGUAGAAAGACAUCUGGUGUUGUGUCCACAUGCCCAAAAGGCAAGACAAGGGGAAUCCACGUAUCUGAAUGACCACGGACCACCUGCUCAGAGAGUGCUUCCGUUUCCCAGCCAGGUGGUUUAUAACCGUGUGGGGAAGUGCGGCAGCCGGACAGUGGUCAUCUUACUGAGGCUUUUGGCUGAAAAACAUAAGUUCAACCUCGUCUCUUCUGACAUCCAUAAUAAGACACGUCUCAUGAAACAAGAACAGGUGGAUCUAGUGAAGAACAUCAGUAAGAUCCCUCAGCCAUUUCUCUACACAAGACAUGUUCACUUCAUGAAUUUCACCAGGUUCAGGAUAGAGCAGCCUGUCUACAUCAACAUAAUCCGGGAUCCCAUAAACCGGUUCCUCUCCAACUAUUUCUUCCGUCGCUUUGGUGAUUGGAGAGGGGAGCAGAACCACCUCAUCCGAACACCAGGGAUGAAAGAUGAUGAGCGAUAUCUAGAUAUAAAUGUGUGCAUUCUAGAGAAUUACCCUGAGUGCUCCAAUCCUCGAGUUUUCUACAUCAUUCCCUAUUUCUGUGGACAACAUCCUAAGUGCAGAGACCCUGGAGUGUGGGCUUUGGAGAGGGCCAAGCAGAAUGUGCUGGAGAACUACCUCCUUGUGGGUAUCUUGGAAGAGCUGGAGGACGUUCUGCUUAUGCUGGAGAGACUCUUACCCCAUUACUUUUCUGGAGUGCUUGACAUUUAUAAGAGUCCAGAAUAUCGAAAAAUGGGAAACCUGACUGGCACGGUCAGAAAACAUACGCCUACGCUGGAGGCCCUGCAGGUGUUGUAUCACCGCAUGCGCUACGAGUACGAGUUCUAUGACUUCAUCCGUGACCAGUUUCACCUCAUGAAGAAGAAAAUUGGCCUGAGAUCCACCUCUCACCCGCCGGCCUACCCGCCUGAUUUCUUACGUGAACUGGCCCUUCGAACACCUGAACCUUUAGAUGAAGAUGAGGAGCUAGACUCAGACCUGGAGGACGCCAACAGCUGGCUGGUUCAUCCCUGAGGACUGUGUAAACAGUGGAUAAAGCCAAACUAUAGAGUCGACUAAAACUGGCUAAAGAAAGCAUGAGACACCCAGAGGAAUAGUGGCAGUAUGUCCUGUCUUUUGGCUUCUUUACUUUGGAGAGUUCGGUUUUUCGUCUUCAAGCUCCUGUUAUGAAAGGCCCAGCACUUUGGACUUAAGCAACUGAAAGAAACAAAAAUGAUCUAUUUAAGAACUGGACAAGGACAGAUGGAAAUAAUUACAGGCUCAAAUUAUUUCAUGAUUGGUUUUACUGGAGCUUGCUAUGAGGGUUUUAUGAUCUUAACUGUUAUAAUCUCCAGGAGAGAUUAGCGGACAAUUUAAUGUGUUGGGAUAUACACUAAAUGUUGAAGAGGACUUCAGAGAUAUUUCCAAUCAGACUUUUAUUUUAUAAAAGUGCUGAUUUAAUAAAACAAAAUGACUUUGAGGGGGGGAAAACGUGCCAAAAGUAUUGUAUGUAUAUUAGCUGUCCAGGACUGUUAUAAGUGCCAAAUCUCAUUAGGAUUUCCAGUAACUGUGAGACAGGAAGCUUUGGGAUCACAGCUGGUAACAGUUGCAUUAAGUUAAGUCAGUUGUUAUAAGAUGUUUAUAACAUUUUAAGGAAUUGUCAAAUGUUGUAAGGCAUGAAUGAGGGUUAAACCAUACACAUCUAUUAUGAAUUCAGAGAAUUCCACCUAGAUGUACAUGAAUGACUGAGUUUGACCUUGCCAACAGAGUAAUUUAGAAUAGUUUUGUUAUUUGAGAAAUACAAUUCUUUGACAGUAUGUCAGGGGUAUGUGUCACAUGCUAAAAGCAUUAGGAAGCCUCAUUUGUAAUCCAAAGGUGCAAAGAAAUCAGAGUUUACCAAAUAACAGUGUUCUGCUGUGAUGCUUUUUUAAACUGUAUAAAUAUCCUGCAGGGGUUUUUUGUGAAAUAAUGCUUUGUGAACAUUUGCAGCAAAAUGAGGGAUUUGAUCAGAACUGGAUAACAUUUUGCCUUUUAUUUUGACUUGGUUAUGUAGUGGUGAAUGAUAUUUGCUUGCAAGGCAUGGAAGUGUUUGUGCUCUUUUGUGUUUUAGAAAGUACUGAAUUCUUAAAGUGACGUUCUUUAAAGGAUUAUAAGCAGUUAAUAUCUCACCCACAGUAAAAACUCUCUAUAUAUCUUCAUUUAGAAUUUUCUGGAUUUGCUGUUACUACAGGCAAAGGCUAAGCAGAAUUUGUCAAGCACCAAAGGAUUUUACGGCAACUGAAAUCUUGAUAAUAAUUUCUCGAUUUUUUUUUUUUAGAUCACCUGAGAAACCUCUAGCUAUCAUUAGGGUUGCUUGGCUUUUGUUAUUUACAGAGGAGCCGAUAAUUAUUGAGAUAAUGAAGCUCAGAGAUGUUGCAUCACCAAUAAUGUUCCUGUAUUAAGCAAGUACUUAGAUCAGAGAUGGCCACAUUUCCAAACAACAUGUAUAAAAGAAAAUUUAAUGAAUGUAAGAAGCAAAAGUCUCAACUCUGAUUUGCAAACUUUCUUAACUACAUUAUUUUUCUAUAAGUGACAGAUGUUUCAUACAAGUAAGUAUUGGUGUGUCAGCUCCUAUACUACGGUAACUAUUUUGUUUAUAGUAAAUAAAGACACCCAACAAAGGCUGUUAACUGCUUAGGAUCUUUGAAAAGAGCCACAUAAAAAAAAAUUCUGAACUUGAGUUAUCUGUUUAAGUCAGCUUACAGUAACUUUUUUUUUUUUUUUAUCAUUUUACAUUAGCUACUGGUAGAAGUAGUAUAAAAUCCACAUAGCCAUAAGCUAACAUGUCAACUACAGACUUAACCUACACCUCAUAACUUCCAUCACCUGUCUUCUUGGUAUUGUUGCAUUUAUGUUUUAAGUGUUUUAUUUCAUAUCAAUUUAAUUUAUUAUUUUGUAAUCAUUUGCAUUCAAGAUAAAAUUCUCAGGAAGGAAAACAGUGUUUAGCGUGUAUCAUGUUUCUCAAAGUGAUGAGACUAUACAUGCCAUUUCAAUGUGUCUACAGUGGAAAACUGGUUCAUAAUAAAUUCAUUUUAUCAUUUAA